AUGAAGCUCUACGCUAUCGGAGAUCUCCACCUGAGCUACGAGUUCAACAGGAAAGCCCUCCAGGAAUUGAAACCGCACCCGGACGACGGUCUGAUAUUAUGCGGUGAUGUAGGCGAGACGGCUGAGCACCUAGAGUUGGCCUUCUCAGCGGGCAAACGUAAUUUCAAAGAGGUCUUCUGGUGUCCCGGCAAUCAUGAGCUGUACUCGAUGCAGUCGUCAAGGCCGGACUUGCGCGGCGAGAGCAAGUACGACUACUGCGUAGAAAUCGCGCGCAAGCACGGCGUGCACACGCCCGAAGACGACUUCGUGCGCUGGGAGGGGGAGGGCGGGCCUGUUGUCAUCGCGCCCAUCUUCACGCUGUACGACUACAGCUUCCGCCCCGCAGACGUCAGCCGCGAGAACGCGCUGCGUUGGGCCGAGGAGACGGAUACGGUUGCUACAGACGAGUUCCUGCUGCACCCGGAUCCGCACGCAACGCGCGACGACUGGUGCCGCGUAUUAGUCCGGAAGUUCGAGGACAAGCUGACGCGCGCUGUGGCGGACCAUCCAGACGCUAAGCUAGUUAUUAUUAACCACUGGCCGCUGCGCGAGGACCUCGUGUAUAUACCGCGGGUGCCACGGUUCAGCCUCUGGUGCGGGACGAAGGCGACGGAGGACUGGCAUACGCGGUUCCCGGCGAAGGUGGUGGUGUCGGGGCACUUGCACGUGCCGCGCACAGACUGGAAGAAGGGGGUUAGGUUUGAGGAGUGUAGUUUGGGGUAUCCGAAGCAGUGGGGCGAUGUGCAUGCGAGCGGGAAGGAUAUCAAUGAUGUUUUGCGCGAGAUCUUGCCGGGGCCGGAAGCGCCGCUGGGUGGGGAGGCGGAGAUGAGGUGGCGGAGGUGGGUUUGA